AUGAGCUCUAGGGAUCAUGAUCUAAGACAUGAAGGAAUGAAAGCUAUUCGGUGGGCUCGGGUGGCGGAGGCGCAACUUGGCAACAAAGGGCUCACGCUACACACAUCUAAACACAUCUUUGCGGAAUUUCAGCAGCUCUUUGCUGAACUCACCCUCAAUUCCCGCACCCUCGGCUCUCUUGGCCGUCUAGAAGAACUAGGUGAAAAUGCAGAAUCACGUGGCAUUGAUAUAAUAGCUGUCCAAGAACACCGAUUUUACCACCCUGACAACAUCCUCAAAUACCAUCAAGUCGGUUCUUAUCAACUUGUAACCUUCUCAGCAUCAAAGAAUACUGUUAAUUCAACAGUUGGAGGUAUCGGAUUUCUACUUUCAUCAAAAGCUAGUGAUACUCUCUUGAGUAUAGAGUCAAUCUCACCUAGAAUUAUGGUGCUUGAGAUAGAUGGAAACCCGAAAACAACAUUGGUAUGUGUGUAUAGCCCACAUAAUUCGUCUGUGGCAGACGAGAUUGAGAAUUUUUGUACAACCCUUCGUUCAACCAUUGAGCAAGUACCUCUCCAUAAUUUUCUAGUUAUAGCUGGUGAUCUGAAUGCUAGACUAGGACACGAUGAGACCAAGUUUACUUUCAACUCUAAAACUAAUCGGAACGGAGAAAUGCUCAAAGACUUCUUGGAGGAAUUUAAUCUCUACACCUCCAACAAUUCUUUUAUGAAACCAAAAGGUCAACUUUGGACAUUUGAGUCCCCACUUGGUGAUAGGGCACAAAUUGACUACCUCAUCUUUCGAAAGAAAUGGCGCAAUAGUGUUAAAGACUCGAGAUCCUACUCUUCCUUUAGUUCUGUCGGCUCUGACCACAGAAUUGUAUCAGCUACCGUUAAGCUUAGUCUUCGCUCAUCUAAAAAAGCUAAGCCUCACCCGAUGAAAAUGAUCGACUGGGAGGAAGUCUUAUCUAACCCCGAUAUGUCCAAACAACUUACUAUUGAGGUCUAUAACACAUUUCAAUCUCUGUCUACUUCUGAAAUAGAUGCUGAGAACAUUGAAGAAGUAUACAGCAGCCUCAUCAAAUCAACAGAGGAAGUUGCACUGGCUACUCUUCCCAAAAAGAAGAGUAGGGGCCAGAGCAAACCUUCUAAUUGCCCAAAUGUCAUCGAAGCCAGAAACCAUCUAAAGUCUAUAUCACUAGCUUACCAUCGUUCUCCAUCCCAGUCACUGAAGAUCCAACACAUAGCUGCCAAGAAGAAUCUUGAUGAGGCUUACUUGAACGCCGAGACAUAA